GAGAGAGAGAGACAACAAGUCAGAGCGAAGGGAGAGACACAGAGAGGAAGAGGUAGAAAGCUCUUUUCCUUCCUUGAGAUCCUCAUUAAAUCACAUUGCGAGCCACACACAGGAGCUGCCAGGGCCACCUGCUGCCUCCAGCAUCCCUGCUCCCACAGUGGUCCCCCUCAUUAGAGUGAAGGAUAGAGAGGACCUAGGGGUGUCAGCUCCCUCCUCCUGAUCCCACCUCGCAGGCUGUCUUUGUUUUCCUGGGACGUACAAGUGGAAGUGAAGAGAGAAUAGGGGAUCCGCGGAGGAGCAGAGGCAGGCAGGAAGAUGCACAUUAACCCGGAGCUGUCCGCCAGUAAAGGAUCUCCAACCAGUGAGGUAAUUAUAGUCUCCGGUGUCCUCGCCCUCAGCUUGAGUAUCACUAUUGUCAUGUGCGGACUCUGCCAGUGGUGCCAGCGUAAACUAGGGAAACGCUACAAAAAUUCUCUGGACAAUGUGGGGACUCCUGACUCCAGCCGUGGUAUCCGCAACGAGAAGAAGGCUUUAAAUGAUCUAGACAAAGACUUUUGGAAUAACAAUGAGAGCACAGCCCACCAGAAAUGGAGCUCUUACCCUCCAAAGGAGUUUAUCUUAAACAUUUCACCUUACGCCCCCUAUGGUGACCCAAGGCUGGCCCUCAAUGGCACAGUGUUGUCUGGUAGUAAGUCAGCUGCAUGUGGAACUUCUGGGUUACUGGACAAAGAUGGCCGACUGGGAGACAAGCAGUUUCGCGGGGAAAGCAUGAAGAUAAGCACGUCUUCCCAAAGCCAUCACAGUGAACCAGGCCUUGGCAAACCAGGGAGAGGCCGAUGGCACACAGUUCAGAGCCACUUGGUGUCCGGAAAUCUCAGUCGAACCAACUUUGUGGACCCUACUUUGCCAGUAGCUACUACCCUCGACCACAUCCCCACCUCUGCGGGAGACACAAAGUGUCAGCGUCCUCGCACGCUGCUUCGCCAACAAAGCCUCCAGCAACCUCUCAGCCUUCACCAAAAGCACAAUCACUGCCAGCCAACCACCAGCCAGAGUCUGGGGCAGCUACAGCUGCAGCAACAACCUCCAUCAUCCAGCAGCAGUAACACCAGCAAUCCCCGCUCACAACGCACCGGUACAACCGCUGGGUCCAAGUAUAGACAAGCUGGCAUCAGGAACCGGAGCAACCCUGGUAGCUGGGAACAUGUGGUUGGUCAGAUUCGCAAUCGUGGCCUGGACAUGAAAUCUUUCUUGGAAGGCCGCAUGGUGGUGCUGUCUUUGGUGCUGGGCCUCUCCGAGCAGGACGACUUUGCCAAUAUUCCUGAUCUACAAACCAAUGGGUCUCAACAGAACCAGCAUACUCAGGGUGAAAAGAGAGUGCCAGCAGGGAGCAAAACCACAAACACAACAGUGGUGCCAGGACAAGCACAGCCGGAUGAGACUGACCGAAAAACAGACCAGCGCUCGUCUGUGUCAGACCUGGUGAACUCACUGACCAGUGAGAUGCUCAUGCUGUCUCCUGGUUCAGAUGACGAAGAUGGACAUGACACAACAGGGCGAGAGACUCUUGGGCGCAUUCAGUUUAGUGUUGGCUACAACUUCCAGGAGUCCACUCUCACUGUUAAAAUCAUGAAAGCUCAGGAGUUGCCAGCUAAGGACUUCAGUGGGACUAGUGAUCCAUUUGUGAAGAUAUAUCUGCUACCUGAUAAGAAGAACAAGCUGGAGACCAAGGUGAAGAGGAAAAACCUCAACCCACAUUGGAACGAGACCUUCCUCUUCGAGGGAUUUCCAUAUGAAAAAGUGGUGCAAAGAGUCCUGUAUCUACAGGUUUUGGACUAUGAUCGAUUCAGUCGUAAUGAUCCUAUUGGAGAAGUAUCAAUCCCUCUAAACAAGACAGACUUAACACAGAUGCAGACCUUCUGGAAAGAGCUGAAGCCGUGCAGUGAUGGCAGUGGAAGCCGUGGUGAAUUGCUGCUGUCCCUUUGCUACAAUCCCUCAGGGAAUUCUAUCAUCGUCAACAUCAUCAAGGCGCGGAAUCUAAAAGCCAUGGACAUCGGGGGAACAUCAGAUCCUUAUGUAAAGGUUUGGCUUAUGUGCAAGGACAAGAGGGUUGAGAAGAAAAAGACAGUGGUUAUGAAGAGGUGUCUAAAUCCCAUCUUUAACGAGUCCUUCAUCUUUGAUAUCCCCACCGAAAAACUCAGAGAGACCACCAUAAUCAUAACCGUCAUGGAUAAAGACAGGCUUAGUCGUAACGAUGUCAUUGGCAAGAUCUACCUAUCUUGGAAGAGCGGUCCUGGAGAGGUGAAACACUGGAAAGAUAUGAUUUCCCAUCCAAGAACAGCUGUAGCACAAUGGCACCAACUCAAGGCCUGAAUUGGCGGCUUUUCUGCACUCUGAUCUCCUGCAGUCUUCGGUUACCUCCAACAAAACCAACGCAUUGGCCGAGCUCUUACUGUCUGCACAAAAACAACCUGCAGGCUUCCAAAGGAACAGCCAGCUUGGAACUCUGGGUAACAGGAUGCCUUGGGGCCAGCCUGUGCCAUCUGCAGCUUUUCAACAAGGACCGUGCUUCAAAACUCUCCUUAUAUUUGUUAUACUAGGCACAGCUGCAGUUUCCUUCUGGCCUCAUGAAGAGCGGCAUCUCCCAUACAGUGUUACAGAGACGCUGAGAAGGGCAGGACGGGCUUAUCCCGCAGGAAACCUCUCUCUCUCUCUCUCUAGGCUAAGCCUGCAAACUUUCCACGGCUUCUACAAAUACAUGCUGGCCACAGCAGCACUGUAGUGUGCCUAUGGUGGUUGUCAAUAUAACAGCUCACUUUUUGUAGUGGUGCAAAGGUGCAAUGAACCCUAUGAAGUUUUUUUAGGGUAUUUUCUUUUCUUUAUAGAAAGCAGAGAUAAAGAGCAAUACCUGUGUUAUUGCUUCUUAGAAACCUCCUUACGUGCCACUUAAUGGAGCACAAAGGUAGGUUUAGGGUGGAUUCAUCUCCACAAACUCUUUGCUGUACGUGUGGUUGUCAGUGUCCGAUGUGCAUUAAGCAAUGUGUGAUUGUGAGUGUGUAUGUGAGUGUGAAUGUUCUCUUUUUUCUCCCCCUCUCUGCUCACCUUUUUCCCUUUUCGCGGGAACGGGAUGAUGCUCUGAUGCACCUGCCUAUCUUCGUACCGUGAUUCUUUGUAGCUUUGUUUGUUGCCUAUUUUUUAUUUUACAUUCUGUUUUCCACUAAAUAGGUUAUUUUUCAGAGUUUCGCUAUAAAAAAAAAAGAAAAAUGUUUUUUAAAAAAAAAUGUCAGUCACAGGCAAUGUUUUAAAUGGGAGAACUCUGAACCGAGACUAUCAAUGUUGUCUAGAUUUUUUAGCGUGUCGGUAUUGGGUAGCCAACGUUUUGCUGCCAGUGAGGCCCCUUAUUCGUUCAUUCCAUCCCUCUCUGGCAGCAAGAAUUUUUUUUGUCAGAGCCAAAGAGGAUGCUGCCCCUGUUCAAGCACAUGGCGCUCUGUGUUCCCAAUCUCCUGGAAAGAAUACUGGUGCAGUCCCCUUCUCUCCUGGUGAUCACGUGAUGUAAUCUGUUUGUAUCAGGGCCCUCUUGCCUUUUAAGCAUCACCAGCCAUUUUGUCUUCCAGGAUGAGGCCUUGGAAGUUCCCAGGCUCUCUUAUUCGCUAGGCUCCAGAGUCCCAUGUAUAAAGUCAAAUCUAACCAAGUUGUAAGUAUGACAAGUUGAUUAUGGUAUCAAUGUGGAAACAAGAGGAAAUACCUACUGUACUUUAAAAAUAAAUUAUUUUCACCAGUUCUCAUUCUGUUUGAGCUAAAGGAUAAAAACUAAGAUGAAAUAAAUGCUGUAAAAUCUAAACACAA